GUUUAAAAUCUAGUCGAACCUCAGUCAUUGAUUGACAUGUAUCCGUAAACUUGCAGUUGCAAAACGUUGAUGAUUAAAUCGUUAUCAAUAUUGCUCUAUAGGUAUGAGAUAAACAAACGCGACCCAAGUUCAAACAAGUACAGUGCAAGCUUUCAUUGAUAGUCAAAGCCGUUCGGUUUGCUGACAUAAAACUGCAGUGAGUUCAAGUUGAUAUCCAGCAUAAAUCAACCGAAAUGAUGGCAGAGCAAGCGGAUGCAGUCUCAAAAUCCGACAUCGAAGCGGUUCAGGAAUGGCUCAAAACUCAACCACACCUGCCAGCUAUAACAGAAAGCGACAUCAAAGUUUUCCUGCACUGUAACUAUCAAGAUGUUGAAGCCGCCAAAGUUAACAUUGAAAAGUAUUACACGUUUCGAACGAGUUGCACAGAUUUUUUCACCAAUCGUGACUGUCGCGAUGAGACGAUUCAAGUUGCUAUGAGCUUAUCGAUGUUUAGCGUGCUGCCCAAAUCAACACCUGAGGGAUAUCGCGUGGCUUACUGUCGGCUGUUGAACCCUGAUACGACCAACUAUGUUCAUUUGCACGCCAUACGAAUGUUGGUGAUGCAUCUUGAUCUUUGGAUGAAAGAAGAGGCAUUGGCUCCGGGCCAUGUCAUCCUUAUCGAUAUGACUGGUAUGCAUCUGGGCCAUCUGAGCAAAAUAAGAAUGGGAGUUGUAAAGAAUUACAGCUACUACACUCAGGAAGCCAUCCCGAUUCGGUUGAAACAGUUGCACUUCUUGAACGUGGUUUCCUUCAUGGACAAAAUUAUGUGGCUGGCGAAGCCGUUUAUGAAAAAGGAAAUAAUGGAGUUGAUCCACAUGCAUACGAGUAUCGAUACGCUGAUAAAAUACAUUCCAUUAGAUUGCUUACCUCAGGAGUACGGCGGAGGAGCGGGUCCAUACGAGGAUCUUAACAAACUGUACCGCCAAAAGCUGUUCGACCAUAGGGAAGAAUUUCUCGAAGAAGAGCGCUCGAAACGUGGACAUGUCGACGAAUCCAAACGAAUUGCCAAGCCUAAGCGUUACAUGUUCGGUUUGUUUGGUUGAAGUUAUAGACUUUUUCUUAAAGUGGUAUAACCCAUUCACUUUA